AUGAACAUUGACUUCUCUUCUAGGAGCCAUCUUGCGAAAGUGCGCCUGCGUGCCUUGUUAAAGGAGGAGAUCGAAACCCUGCAGAAGAAGAAGUGUGUUCCCUUGGCAGCAAAGCUCCGCUUCAUCCCCAAAACGAACGGACUGCGCCCCGUGGUCAAGCUGAGUAGUGUGGUGGGAGCGGAAAACUUGCGCAGGAAGAGCAGAGACAAAAAGGUUCAGUACUUCAACACGCAACUUAAAAACUUAUUUAGCGUGCUCAAGUAUGAACACAUGAAGAAUCCCAGCUUGCUUGGUUCAUCUGUCUUUGGGAAAGAUGAUAUCUAUGCUGUGUGGAAAAAGUUUGUUCUGAAGAUUUUGGAGCCAAGUCCCCAGAUGCCUGCAUUCUAUUUUGUGAAGGCUGAUGUCACUGGUGCUUAUGAUACCAUUCCCCAUAAUAAGCUGGUGGGAGUGAUUUUGCAGAUCCUUGCGCCUGACAACAAGACUAGCUACUGUAUUCGACGUUAUGCGGUGAUCAUAAGGACAAGGAAUGGACAGAUCAGAAAAUACUACCGGAGACACCUUUUCCUGGACAAAAAAAGGAGUGUGUGUGUGUGUGGGGGGGACAAUUCUCACAGAUUUGCAGUCAGGCAGGGUGUCGUGGUCCAGUCUGGGCUCAGAGAGAGUGAGGACUCCUUGGGAGUCAUUUCAGGCAAAGCCAGCCUGACUUCACAUGACUUCUUUCUGGAAGACAUGGAGGUUUUGGAGGAGGAGGAGGAGGACAAACCAAGAGAGGACCAGGGGUCCACUAGCCAUACAGCCAAAGCCAGCAAACAGGGAGAACCCCUCCUCCUCGAAGACCUGGAGGAGGUGGUGGAGGAGGAGGAGGAGGAGGAGGAGGAGGGACUCGGAGAGGAGCAGGGGCCUGAGAGAGCCAAAGCCAGCCUGUCAUCCGAAGUCCUCCUGAUCGAAGACAUCGAGGAUCUGGAGGAAGAGGACCAAGGAAGAUAG